UACUCAUACCAGAGACGUAGGUGCAUGUGAGGUCGAUGAGUCAUCUUCUGAUAAACCCAACUUCUUUGGAAAUCCAGAUUUUGGCUUGUGAUUUGACACUGUUUAGUCUUUUAAUGUUAGGUACGUGGAGUAGAUGCAUUAAACUUAAUAUUUUGGUAUAUUUCUUAAUAAUAUUAUAUCGAGUGUGAAGUUGUAAAACAAGAUUGUCGAAAAUGAUUCGGGCAUGUCCAUGGAUCCUGAGUGUGAUGUUCCUUAUUCAAAAUGGCUGUACUUCCGGUUCCGCGCGCGAACCGGCAUGCUCGAGAUUCCAUUACGAGGAACAAUUAUUGGAGAAAAUGAUCCGCGCGGAGAUACACGUUGAAAGUGUUGAUAAAAAGCUUCAACAGUACUUGGCAGAGAAUCUUCAAAGCGGCAAGGAGUUGAAAGAACUAUCUGAAAAGCUGAAUCAACUCACUGAUGCUAUUCGUAAAGCGCGGGAACACAGUGGAACUUCCGGUACAACGUACGUCAGAUGGGGCCGGAAAUCCUGCCCCACCAUCGCAGCGCUAGUUUACGAAGGCUUUACCGCUGGCUCUUACUAUGGGCACACCGGGAGCGGCGCAAACUACCUCUGUCUUCCGGCGGAACCCUUGUGGGGCGUUUAUGACGACGGCUUCAAAACUCCAGCAAUAAUAUACGGCACCGAAUAUGAGACUUCGGAUUCUCCCGUAUUUAAUCAUCUGCAUGAACACGAGGUCCCGUGCGCGGUGUGUCGCGUAUCCACCAGCAACGUGUUGAUGGUUCCCGGCAGAAACGCCUGCUACACUGGUUGGACGCUUGAGUACGCCGGGUACCUGAUGGCGGAGCGUAACAACCACGCAUCCAACAAGAAUUUCGUCUGCGUUGACGGCGACGCUGAGGUGACCAACUGCAGCAGCGGUGGCAACGAAAACGGCGCCCUUCUUUACGUCGUGGAGAGUAGUUGCAAUCCGCUGAAAUGUCCACCGUACGUCAGUGGACGCGAGUUGACGUGCGCAGUGUGUUCUUAUAAAGAGUAGAAACUUCAAUACAUUUCAGCUGAAGUCGGAGAUAAUAACAUAUUAACGUAAAUUAACAAAGCCAAUACAAUAGUAAAGUCGUUUCAUUAUUUUAUGGUUGUCGCAUAUAUUGCUUAAGUAGCGAUUAACCAAUUACAUGGAACAAUGGUUAUAUUUAGAAUAGAUUUCUCGAAAAAGUCGUUUAAUCUGAUAGUAUGUAGUAGUAUUACGUUACGAAUUGUAGCGUAUUGACUGCACUUUACGAGUAUGUAUUUUAUUUCGAUUUCAAACCAACUAUUGGCCACAUUUAUAUGUGUACUGUAUUACCAUAUUGCGUAGCAGCUAACUUUGAAUGAUCGCUGAUACAUUUAUGGUUUAACAUGAAUUGUUCUAAGUAUGUUCCAUCUCAGUUAACUUUUUCUAUUUCAAUAAAUAUUAACAAAAUGUAAUUAUGACAAAAUAUGCAAUUAAUUUCCUUAAAUGUGUAAAAGUGACGAACUCAAUAUCCGUUGAUUGAAGUGUUGUUUAUUUAACUGGUGUGUGAAUGUUGAACGCUUUUUUUAUCGAAAAAUUAAAACACAGCAGCUGUA